GAGAAUCAUCGCGGAUUCGCAACAAUAUCCGUAAGUACAUCAGCGCGUGUAUUUGGGUAUAUGAUUCGCCAAGUACAACGACCGGCAGCGUGUAGGCGCGCAAAUUAAAGGGAGUAAUAUGUGCAAGUGCAGAGUUAGACGUGCGCCUUAAUGAGCGUCUGUGUGAGAAUCGGAGCUAUAUUAGUAAUGUGCUGGAUAACCUACAUCAACGCAGCGAUCGGCGAAGAGCCAUCAGGCAACAUACCUACAUGGAGUGUACAGCGAGAGGGAUUGGGAGGGGGCGUGUUUUUUUUCUAACGCAGUGUCUUGCGCUUGCGAAAGAAAUGUUCGCAUAUGCAUUCGUCAACUUUUUUACAGAGAAUAUAUUUAAUAUGUUAAACAUGAUUGUUAUACUGCAUUAUUAAAUUUUUUAUUUAUUUAUUUAUUUUUUUUUGCUAGAAAUUGUUGCAAUAAGUGUUUGGCAAUCGUAAAUGAAUGAAUAAGAGGUUUAGUUAUGGGUUGUUCAAUUUAAAAGAGUCAAAAUAAAUUUAACAAACAAUAACUGUAAUUCUUGUCGGUGGCGAUAUCUAGCGUUCAAAAAGCCAAUCUCGUAGGUUUUAUUAUCUACAGAAGAUAAUACAUUUGCAUUCAAAUUUUAUUAAAUAAAUUAAAGUAAACUCGAUCUACCGCAUCAUCAUAUAACAAAUAAUAAACAAUGGAUCUCUUUACGCUAUGGUAAAUUCUUAAGUUAUUGUAAAAGUACAUGCUUUUUACGAUAAACAAGUCGAUAUUGUAGAGUUUUUCAUAAGGCAUUAUGAUUGGGGUGAUUAAUUUUAUUGAAAUUUUGUUUACUCUUAGUAUAAUUCUUGGAAUUAUAAAAUUAUUAUUUACAUAUUAUUUAUCUAUGAAAACUGUCACUUCUUCGCUGUCAGUGGCGGAAUCUAACAAUAAAAAAAGUAUCUAAUUUUAUUAUCGACGGAAGAUAAGUUAUAGCGUGAGCGGCCGAAACAGCAGGCCAAAUAGCAGUGUUUUUGAAAAAACGUUCGGUAUGUACACACAGAAGGAAGCUUAAAAUUGAGAUUCAAUAAUAUAACAAAAUAAAUUCCUUUUUUAUAGUAUUUUCCCAAUUUUCACUUUUUGAAGUUUGUUACCAUGAUGUUUUUAAAGUAGGAUACGCAUACGCAUUAAAAAGAGAAAUAUAGUCAUCAACAUCAUCAUCAUCAUCAUCAUCAUAAAUAAUUUGAAAAUAUAAUUUUGCCAUGAAGAUAGUCAUGAAAGCUCGUUCACUGAAUAUACACGCGUUUGCUUGACAUUACGGUUAGUAAUUCGGCAAACAGUCGGCCUUAGGUUAAGCCCAACAAAUAAGUUGGUUUUAUUGACGAUGAUCAAGCACGACGAAGAGUACUACAGGCAGAGAAAGCCUCAGCCGGAUUUGGGCGCUAUCAACAACUUCAAACGAUUUCUUUGGCAUCCCGAAAGAAGAGCUUUUCUCGACAGAACAGCUCAGGAAUGGGGCAGCGUUGGACUGUUUUACCUCUGCUUCUACGGAGUACUUUUUUCGAUUUUCGCACUGCAAAUGUGGAUGACUUACAAGUACGUAACGGCCUACGAGAAGCCAUUGUUCCAGUACAACAGAGUAGCAACGAGAGCCUGGUUGGAACCGAAUCCCAGAACGAUGUUCCGCAUGACGAACCUUCAUGGACCAGGAAUCGUCUUGAAGCCGUUCGUACCGAACUCAAAGCCCCCCAUGAUCCUGAUCGACGAAUCUCACGAAAUGGGUCGUGUCGACGAGUACGUGGAUACGAUCAAAGACACUCUAGCAGGCUACCAAGUGGACAGAUCAAAGUUCGAUCCGAAGUGCAACGACAGGGUCUUACGCGAAGACGCGAAAACAUCGUGCUUCUAUGAUAUCCGAGAACUUGGCAAAUGUUCGCAGGCUCCUUACGGAUACACUUCAUCGCCUCAGCCCUGCGCUUACGUCAUGUUCAAUAAAAGAUUUGGAUGGCUGCCGAUCUUCUAUAGUCAGGCUUCGAUGCUGCCCGACGAUAUGCCCACAUGGCUGCAGACGGUCAUCAGGAAAUCCGAACAAUUCCACGUGUGGCUCUCGUGCGAGGGUAAGAGCGAGGAGGACCGGCAAAACGUGGGCGAGAUCGAGUACCUGCCCAGGCCAGGUUUUCCCGUGCAGUUUUUCCCGUUCGCCGGUCAGCCCGAUUACCUGGCGCCGAUUGUCGCCCUGCGUUUCAAGAACUUGACAGUCAAUCGGCUCGUGAGCAUCGAAUGCAAGACUUGGGCUCGCAAUAUAGAUAACGAGAAUCGUUAUAAUUUGAAUUUCCGCUUACUGGUCAAGGAUCCACGAGCGGCGGAUAGUAAGAAGAGCGAUUUUUGAAGUUUGAAAUGAAAUGUUACACUUUCCUGCGCUGUUAUUAUAGUAUAUCGUAAACGGAUCGUCUGGAAA